AGUUUGUUCUGAUCACUCUCUUUCACAACACAUACCCCGCAAGCAAAGUGCUGCAGCGAACAUUCACUCAUAUUUGCUUGCUGAAUCGUAGCGGUUUGCAAAAAAAAACCUUCUGUGAUGUUUCAAAAUUAAAUUGUGUUUUUAAUCAAAGUCGAGUGAGCUUAAAUUAGUCAAUUGUGAUAGUUUGCGGCUGAAAAUCUUCACUAUCUUGUGUACUUGAUACAUGUGUAAUAAAGUGAUAAAGUUUAAAAGAAAAAAACAAAUCAAAAAGCAACGCAAAUAGACAAAACUUAAUUAGAUAUUUUUCUGAUGAAAUGAGCAACAAUUCCAAAUAAUUCUCUCACUAAUUUUCCUAUCAAAAUGCUCUCUCGUUGCGUCAUUAUCAUCUCUUACUUGGGCCUCAGUCUCUCAACUAUUGCAGUCCUAACAUCGAUCGUAUCAAUCUACAACCUCGACGAAUACAUAUAUAAAACAUACGAUGUCAAGUCCGAUGAAACUUUUCUUUAUCUUAAGACAGGUUCCCGCGUUAAUAUUCCUGACGGCAUUCGCCAUGAUCAACUUUUUGAACUUGGUUUCAUGCAUCACCCUCAUCGUCGGAGCUUUGAAGAAGAAAAAGAAUUGUUUGCUUCCAUAUUUAGUGUUGACUUCACUGUAUAUCUUAAUUUACGUAGCAUUGGGGGUUUGGUUCUUCAUGAGAGCAAAAGAACAUCAAACACGCAAUGGAGUCAUAACAAUUUUGGUCAUAUGCAUUAACAUUUACUGCUUGAUCGUCGUUUAUCGACUUUAUGGUUUAUUGAAGCUUCGGGAACGCAACUAUCCAGCCUUUCUCCGUGAAACGAAUCGACAACAACAGAUAGCGCAAAACUAUGAAACGACCUACGUAAAAAUUCCAUAAAUAAUGUAAAUUACUGUGACUGCGCAAUUUAAAUCUUUCAUGAGGCAAUCACAAAGCGAUUGAUGACAAAACAAACAAAAGUAGACUAAAUUAAAUACUGAACAUGAAAUGAAUGCCAAAAACAAAAGUUAAAAUAUAUUUUUAUUUAAAAUAAUCCACCAUUGAUUGCAAUAUUGUUUUUUUAUUUUUAAAUGCUGUCAUCUGAAGGAAUUCCAUGAGAUUUUUCUCUUUCUUUUGAAA